UACGGAUGCAUCUGAACAAGUCCGUUCGUCAACUUUGGAAAUAGAACACGAACCAUUCGAAUUCGCAUAUUGACAGCGCAGUUGUCCGGAAGAGUUCGACACAGCCGGGUGCUACCUGUUCUGUGUGUAAGAAUUAAGAUUCACUUUGCAUCACUUCUCCACCGAUAACUGAGCGGUUGGAUAAUUCCCGCCAUUCUUCGUAAAGUGUCGACAAAUCCGCGAUUGUUUGCGAAUGCAGAAGCGUGAGCCGAGUGAAGCGUGGCGAGCGACGACGAUAACGAAGGUCUGAAUUGUUUUGUUGAAACAACCAAUUAGAGUGCGAUCUUCAGCAAUCGGAGAAGAGUUGCCCUUGUUGCUGUUAUCGACGACGGACGUUUUGACGUCUCGCCUUACACCACGUGCCUCGGUUGCUGGAAAUACACCACAACGGUAAACAACUACUGCAGUGUAUUGUUUUUAUCAGACAGUUGCGAUUGCUAUGAGAUAACGCUACUCGGAUCUGCAAGAUGUUUUCGAACAACAAAGUGGCCUACCAACGACUGAAUGUCCAACGAGUACCUGAAAAAUCAAUCAUUUUAAAGUUAGUCCUUCCCUUAAUAGUUGGGUGCUUCGUACUAUUUUGCAUUGUUGGGUUACUCACGCCCCAUAAUCCUACCCACCGUAACUACAAUCAAUACGUACAAACUUGGAGCAAUCAUCCGCCUGUUGAUGAAACCAAACUGUUAGAAACGUUAAAAUCUCUCUUAAAUUGCAAAUCCUCAGAUGCAAACUACCGCAUUGAGACCCGCGGUGAGUUCUACGUGCUGAAGAAUUUCAUCAGCCCCAGGAGGAGGCCCCCGUUGGAGUGCCACGAAAGCAUAACCUACACCACCCACGGCGACUAUCGGUUCCUGGACAAUGUAGUGCCGUUGCUGGAACGGUGGCAAGGUCCGCUCAGCUUGGCGGUCUACGCACCAGGAGACGAGUUCGGAAUAGCCAUCGAGGUUCUGCGGUAUCUGAUUUACUGCGAUCGGCAGUCCUACCUGGUGGAGGAGUUCGCAACGGUGCAUCUGUACUUUGAUUUUGAUCGGGUUCCGCCGAAACCGAUUCAAUUCUAUAGAGAGCUGCUCCAAAAACCACCGGACUGCCCUUUGAACAAUGCCUCCUUUCUUUUUCCAACACUUGACAACACAUUCAACCACACCUAUCCAGUGAACGUUGGACGCAACAUUGCUCGAGAUGCCGCUCAGACUCACUUCGUCCUGGCGAGUGACAUCGAGCUCUACCCCAAUCCGGGCUUCAUCGAAAUGUUCCUGCAAAUGGUCAUCAACCCUGCGUAUCAGUUCACCCUUAAUAUACCAAGUGUCUACGUUCUACCCGUAUUUGAGGUAUCCGAUACAUGCUCUGUUCCGGAGAACAAAACCGAACUACUCUCGAUGCUAAACACCGGCGAGGCCAUCAAAUUCCACGAGAAAAUUUGCGCUCAAUGUCAUACCGUUCCGAACUAUGAUGAGUGGCUACAAUUUGACAAACCGAAUCAAACGAUGGACAUCCUUUCGAUGGCCAAGCGAGAGGGACGUUUCGACCUAUGGGAACCGAUUUACGUGGGAACCAAGCGAGAACCGCAGUACCAGGAGCGAUUGAACUGGGAGGGAAAGUUCGACAAAAUGACCCAGGGUUAUAUCAUGUGCGUCCAGGGGUACAAUUUUCACAUCUUGGAUAAUGGAUUUUUGGUGCACAAACCGGGAUUCAAAAAUCUGACUGAGGCAGCUCGACCGGACCUGGAGCGAAGACAGAGAAAGUUUGUCGAGGAGGUGAUUUAUAAAGAAUUAAAAGUCUUGUACGGAGAGAACAAACACUGCCGGCUGUGAUAUCGAUUAAAACGUGUGCGAAAACUGUACUAAUUGUUUUAUUCUUGAAAUACCGAACUAGGCUUUAAGUACUAAGAAAUUGA